AUGGCAACCCCGUUGGAGCUAGACCCCGAGUUCCCCUGCUCGCUCACCAUCGACCUGCCUCUCCCCACUGCCCGAUUGGCAUCUGCUGCCCUCCAAGCCUUGCGUGUCGAUAACGAACUUUCCCCGCUUGUGCGUCGAUCGUUUUCCACCGUUGCUUCCAACUCCAACACGCCGGCUUCUCCUGAAGAAACGGUGUUGAGGACUGAGUACAAAGCCACAACGAAUAGGAUGCUGAGGGUUGCUGUCAAUGGGUUUAUGGAGAGCAUAAGUGUGGUGCUGGGAAUUAUGGAAGAGCUGGAUGUUGAUGUGCUUGAUGUCGAAGCUGAGAAAAAGUGA